CUUGCUCGCGCGCGCACUAAGGCGCCGCCGCCGCUGCCGCCGCCGCCGCCGCCGCCGCCGCCGGGGCUGCUGCUCCGGCUGCUGCAGGAGGCGGCGCUGGCUGGCGGCUGCGCUCGCUCCAGUCGGCAAGCGGAGGAGCGAGCGUGUGUGUGUUUUUUAAAGAUGGCCGGAGCGGCGGCGGCGGUGGCCGCGGGAGCAGCAGCUGGAGCCGCCGCGGCAGCGGUGUCGGUGUCGGCUCCAGGUCGGGCCUCGGCGCCCCCUCCGCCUCCGCCUGUGUACUGUGUAUGCCGGCAGCCGUACGACGUGAACCGCUUCAUGAUCGAGUGCGAUGUCUGCAAGGACUGGUUCCACGGCAGCUGUGUUGGUGUAGAAGAACAUCAUGCUGUUGAUAUUGACUUGUAUCACUGCCCCAACUGUGCAGUUCUACAUGGUUCUUCCUUAAUGAAGAAGAGGAGGAACUGGCACAGGCAUGACUACACAGAAGUGGAUGAUGGCUCCAAACCUGUGCAAGCUGGAACUAGGGCCUUCGUUAAAGAACUACGUUCUCGAGUCUUCCCAAGUGCCGAUGAAGUCAUUGUAAAGAUGCAUGGCAGUCAGCUGACACAAAGAUAUCUGGAAAAACAUGGAUUUGAUGUCCCUAUUAUGGUCCCUAAAUUAGAUGACCUUGGACUCAGACUCCCUUCACCUGCUUUUUCAGUGAUGGAUGUGGAACGUUAUGUAGGUGGUGACAAAGUGAUAGACGUUAUUGAUGUGGCAAGGCAGGCAGACAGCAAAAUGACACUCCACAAUUACGUUAAAUACUUCAUGAAUCCUAACAGACCAAAAGUGUUAAAUGUGAUCAGCCUUGAAUUUUCAGAUACAAAGAUGUCUGAAUUGGUGGAGGUUCCUGAUAUAGCUAGAAAACUUUCGUGGGUGGAAAAUUACUGGCCAGAUGAUUCAGUCUUCCCCAAGCCCUUUGUCCAGAAGUACUGCUUAAUGGGAGUUCAGGAUAGCUACACAGAUUUCCACAUUGACUUUGGUGGGACUUCAGUCUGGUACCAUGUCCUUUGGGGUGAGAAGAUUUUUUAUUUGAUAAAGCCAACAAAUGAAAAUUUGGCACUCUAUGAAUCUUGGAGUUCAUCUGUGACCCAGAGUGAGGUGUUCUUUGGAGAUAAAGUAGAUAAAUGCUACAAAUGUGUGGUAAAGCAGGGACAUACUUUAUUUGUUCCUACAGGGUGGAUUCAUGCUGUGCUCACUUCUCAGGACUGUAUGGCUUUUGGAGGUAACUUUCUGCACAACCUCAACAUUGGCAUGCAGCUCAGGUGUUACGAGAUGGAAAAAAGACUAAAAACACCAGAUCUUUUCAAAUUUCCUUUCUUUGAAGCCAUAUGCUGGUUUGUUGCCAAAAGUUUGCUGGAAACCCUGAAAGAAUUGAAAGAAGAUGGUUUCCAGCCUCAAACUUACUUAGUCCAGGGAGUGAAAGCGCUGCACACUGCUUUAAAGUUAUGGAUGAAAAAGGAACUUGUAUCUGAACAUGCCUUUGAAAUUCCAGACAAUGUUAGACCUGGACAUCUUAUUAAGGAACUUUCUAAAGUAAUUCGAGCAAUAGAGGAGGAAAAUGGCAAACCAGUUAAAUCUCAGGGAAUCCCUUCUGUGUGUCCAGUUUCACGGCCUUCAAAUGACGCAUCUCCACCUGGUCAUUCCCGGAGAAAGAUGAGGAGACUUCGAGAUCAUAAUGUCCGAACUCCUUCUAACCUGGACAUCCUUGAGCUUCAUACAAGGGAAGUCCUCAAAAGAUUAGAGAUGUGUCCAUGGGAGGAGGACAUAUUGAGCUCUAAACUGAAUGGAAAAUUCAACAAACAUCUUCAGCCAUCUUCCACGGUACCUGAAUGGAGAGCAAAAGACAAUGAUCUGCGAUUACUGCUGACAAAUGGAAGAAUAAUUAAAGAUGAGAGACAGCUGUUUGCAGAUCGGAGUCUUUAUACAGCAGAUAGUGAAAAUGAAGAAGACAAGAAACCAACAAAGAAGGCAAACGUGAAGACAGAACAGAGCUCAGGAAGAGAGGCAGCAGAAAGUGACGGAUCUCCAAAACCACUUAACAGAGUAUUUCCAAGUGUGAAGUCGGACCUCAGGAGCAGACCAUCAGAAUAUUCUGAUGUCUCUGAUUCAGAAGACUCUGGACCUGAUUGCACUGCACUGAAAAUUAAUUUUGCCACUGAAGAGUCUGAAAGUUCAGGUGAUGAAAAGAAACAUGAAAUAACAUCAAACUUUAAAGAGGAGUCGGAUGUAGUGAGGAACCUCCUUCAGAAGAGCCAGAAGCCAUCUAGAAAUGAAAUUCCAGUUAAAAGGGAAUGUCCUACCUCGACGAGCACAGAGGAAGAAGCUAUUCAGGGCAUGCUGUCCAUGGCAGGGUUGCACUAUUCCACGUGUUUACAAAGCACAGACUGCAGUGGUGAGAAGAACUCUCUCCAGGAUCCCAGCAGCUGCCACAGCAGUAACCCUGAGUUUAGGCAGUUGUAUCGCUACAAUAAACCAGUGGAAUUUGGAUACCAUGCUAAGACUGAAGAUCAGGAUUUGAUGACAUCUUCCUGGAAUAAACAGUUUGAUCGAACUUCCCGAUUUAAUGCUCAGGACUUAAGUAGAAGCCAGAAAUACAUCAAAAAGGAAAGCUCUUCAGAAAUCAGUCAGAAGGCACAAAGCAGGCAUUGUGUGGACAGCAAUAACUCAAGCAUCCAGAAUGGAAAGUACACGCUGAAUCACAGCUUGGUUUCUUGCCAGAUAAAUAAUGGCAGUCUAAGUCCAGAAAGGCCUAUUGGUGAAACUUCUUUUUCAGUGCCCCUUCACCCCACCAAGAGACCUGCAUCAAACCCACCACCUAUCAGCAACCAGGCAACAAAAGGUAAACGUCCAAAAAAAGGAAUGGCAACAGCCAAACAGCGUCUUGGGAAGAUUCUUAAAUUGAACAGAAAUGGCCAUGCUCGUUUCUUCGUGUGACAGAGCUGCUAUUGCAGUCACUCUUCCCUUUGGAUGCCAGUCUUGGGGUGUGGAGCCUGGUGUGUCCACUACCCCCUGCCUGGAGCAGUUAGUGUGUACAGUAAGAAUACUGCCUGGAGAACAGAGAACCCGAUGCUGCAUUUCACUGUGCCACACCCACUCAGCAAUAACCCUUGGACCUGGCGGGGAGAGGAAGGAGGAGGGUAGAACCUUAAAAAGAGGCCUUGAACUGGAAAGGGGUCUCUUGUCAGGGCUUGAAUUUAAUUUUGUUGUUGAUAGUGUCUUGAUUUUAUUUUUCAGUAGUAGGAUAAAGAAUUAUCAAUAAUUUAUUUAACAGAUUUUUUUUUAAAGUUAACAGCUUUUAAAUUCUUUUUUUAAAGCUAUUUAUUUGGAAGAUUUCUGGAGAAAUAUCUCACUAAUUUAGAUUUAAGAAUGUGAAGGUUUUUAAAUUAUUUUUGAUAGUGUGUGUGUUACAUGUGGGGAAAAGCCACAGUAGCAGUAGCUAGUCUGGACUCUUAAAUUUGAUAUUCAGGUUAAAGUCUUAAACAGGGAUUUGAUGCAUUAAUUAUUUUAAAUUAAGAUGUAUAUGAAAUCAUUUUAUUUUAUAUAUUUCAUGUGUUUUUUAUAAGCUAUUAGCUUCGCUUUUGCUAACAUCCAAGGUGCAUACUAUAAUCCAGGUUGAUUCCCUUACACCCCACCUUCCCUCUGCAGCCCAAUCCCCAGUGUUUUGAGACAACCCAAGAUUCUUCUCUUUGCAGGGAAACACCUUCAUAGCCAAUGUUUAAGAACCACAUAAAAGAGUCCUCAUUUCUCAUUUCUUUAGACAUGGUUUUCUUCUACAAGUAAUGAAUCAGGCUUAUUUCAUUUUCAUUUUUCCUGAUGAUAUCUGGGUCCCAAAGAGAACAGCUUUAAUAUCUUUUUCCUGCUUAUGGGGAAAGUAUAAGUUUGGUUAAAAUGUCAUGUUUGUCGUUUUUCCGAAAACCUUUAUAAUUACAGAGGGCCUUCUUCAAUACUGCUGGUGUUGGAAGAGCCAACAUCUAUCACAGACUAUAUCUUACCAUGCUUUUAUUAUCUAGACAUCAUUUUUUUAGAAAUACAAUUUGACUAAGGAUGUUCAAAUCUGCAUAAAAGCCGUGAUAUAUACCAUAUUAAGUUGUAUAAUAGCAAGCAUGUUUGAGUAGAUCUUUGUGUAUGUGUGUGUGUGUGUGUGUGUGUCUGUGUGUGUGUGUGUCUGUGUGCACGUGCACGCUUUUUUAUUAAUUUACUGAAGAAUUAUUUCAAUACAGACUUGGAGUAAAAUGGGUGCUUUUUGCAGUUUCUUCCAUCUGUCUUGACUAGUAGGAUAUGGAGGUUAAGUGUCUGGUUGAACUUUAAAUAAGAUAGUAAUUUAUCUCCUUUAUGUACAAUUUUUACUUAAAUGCAAUUUUCAGUGGCUUAUAAUAGUUUUUAGUCUCUCCAUUUUCCCCUCAUGGCAUAAAAAUAAAUUAAUAUUAGGAGUCUGAUGAUACCACAUUUUACAAAUUCCUACAAAGACAAUAUAGGCAAACAACAUGAAAUUUAUUUUUAUGGAGAACUAUGGCUAUAUAAUGGAUUUUUGUCCUUUUCAGCUCAGCAAGGUAGCUAGCCCUUUUCUUCUGUAGGAAGCAUUGAGUUGAAAGAAAAGAAUUAUGCACCAUUAUCUUCAUAGUUGAUUCAAUAUGUAUUUCCAAAGGGAAAGAUCUCUAGUUCUGUCUCCUUUACAAUACUUAGUGGGACAAGGAAGUUACAAACUCACCUCCUGGUCCAGAUUGUCUGGACCAAAGUUCAAUCAUAUUUUGGGUGUCAGGGAGAAGAUUUUUAUGGAAUUCUUAGUAUCUGUAGACAGCAUCCCUAACCCCUGCUUACUCUAUGCCAUAACUAGUGAGAGAGGGAUGCAGUCAGCUGGUUGUUAAUUUCAACAUGCAAGAAUCUGAAUCUGACUGAUCGCUCACCUUUCCACAAUGUAUCACUGUGAUGUCUUCGUUUUGUUUUAUUGUUAGAACACACAUUUUUAUUUGGGUUAAGAAAUAAGAGUGGUGACUUCUUUUCCCAGUUAUGAUCUGGAUUUGUUUUAAACAACUCAAAAUAUUUUUUAAUAAUUUCAUUUUUUGGCCAUAAAAAUUAAAAUUUAUGCUUAUGAAUUAAAAUUGUGGCCAGUAUCUUCCCUGUGCCCAUAGGCUGAUAAACACUAAUUUUGGGUUGCUACAUAUGUAGUGUUUUAAAUGAUAGUUCUGUGGAUUCAUUAUUUUAUCAUUUUAACCUAUUAAUGGGCUAAAUUAUAAAACUUUUAGCCAGUUAAUAUAGCUACUAUUAAAGAACCCAUGUAUCUUUCUGAAUUGAUAAAAAUUUAGCUACACAGCCAAUGAGUUUUUCUAAUCAAACUUCUUAUAAAGUUCUCCAUCUGUGGUGUGUCCUUUUAUCUCAUAGAAAUGGCUAGACUUUGAGGUGUGACUACUGCUAGGAUCUGGGCUCAACAGUAAUAGGUAGUCUCUGUUGUUCCCAUAGUCUCACAAGAAGUAUACUGCAGCUUAACUCAGAAGACAAUGGUGAUAGCAUUUAGUUAGCUAUAAGCAAGUAAAAUGUGUAAAAUUGAGAAUUAAUAAUUUAGUGUAUGCAGCUUUAAUAGUAGUAGUGAUCCUAUCUUAAUUCAACUAAGUGACCCUUAACCUGGGAUCUACUGUACUGUAAUUCACAACAUUAUAUAAUAUUAUGCUCCCCAGUAUUGGUGAAUGAUUAACAAUACAAAAUUGGCAGCUUAGUAGUUCAGGAUCUUUGGAAUACAUUGAAAUGAAUUAAAAUUCAUAAACAUAGUUCAUUUUUGAAGCACACGAUCAAACCAUCUACUGAAAUCAUACACUCAGAGGAGACAGUUCCAUCUAUGACUAAAUACUUAGCUUGAAUACUAUUCUCUAUUUUACUAAUCCUAAUUCCUUUUCUAUGUAUUUUACUGUAUUUAUUCGUAUGAGAUCAACAGGUAUCAUCAGACACCUACUGAGUGCUCAGAAGGAGUGAGUACUGUGAGGAAGCUCAGGUUCAGUUUUGUCUGCCCAUGAAGUGUCUUCUCCAGGAGGUUAGCAGUGUUGUUUUGACUUCUAAACAAAGUUGAACAGAAGGUGUUUGUAAACAGAACAAACAAAACAAAAUCCAACUUCAUUAGUUUCAGUGAGAUGUACCACUGUAGAAGUGGAAGUGUUUAAGAAUAAAAUACCCAUGUACUUUAACAUUUAAGAAAAAUUCUGUAAGCUAGUUGUUUCUGUUGGUAAUAUAAGGGUAUGGUAUUAGCUUGGAAGGAAGCAAAAGGCCUGCAUGUUAGCCCUGUUCUGCCAGUCAUCAGCUGAGAUGCUGAGUAGUCGGUAAAUUAUCCUGAGUCUUAUUUUUAAGUUCUAGUUUUCUUGUUUGUGAGUUGGAUAAAAACUACUCAAUGAAGAACAGCAUUCUUCAGGUAUUAUGUCAUGUCAUACUUGUUAAUUAUUAAGUUACAACUGAUGACGAGUGCACCUUCUGAGAAUAUUUUAAGUGAAAACUUUUAUUAGAGGAAAAAGUCUAAGUGAAAAUAUACACCCAGGGCGGACUACCUAAAAACCUGACAAAUUCCUAACAAGGUGCUGAAGUGAAAGAAAAAAAUGAGCUGUCUGUGGACAGAAGAGUGAGAACAUCCGUUAUCAAGUCAUUGGUGGUUAUUUAGCACAACAGAGGAGCAAGCUUUAGGUUUUUCUCAAAGAGAAAUUAGUAAAGUACUCAUCUUCAUAUUUGGCAUACUCUUCAGGUACUAAAGAUAAAAGGGGUGGUAAAUUUAAAAUGAUUUAGCAGCUACCCAUGGGACUAGGGGGAAAAUAAGGUGAUUAGGAAAAAACUUUUUAUAAGCAGUUGUGAGUUAGGUAUAACAGCCCAAGGAGAGAGGGAAGUCAAAAGUAGUAUAGAAAGGAGAAUCAACUGGAUGUGUUCAAAAAUGAGUGUCAGCUUGCUUCAGAAGAUGUUCUGCAGUGUGAGACAGUCCCUGAGAAUUGGUGGGUACCACAGUAUGGCCUAGUAUACUGCUGCUAGAGAGAUAUCAUAACAAAUGUUCCUUUCUAGUAUUCAUAUGGAGAGACAUGAAACUUCAUAAUACAAAUCUAAAUAUCUCUCACAAUUCAUCUCUCCCAUUAAAUAUUAAACUAACUGCUCAAUAUGUGAAAGAGAAGAUCUUGCCUUUCAUAUGUGCAAGACUCUGGGGCCUGAUCCCUAGCACCAGGUAGUGAUCGAGAGGAGCUAAGGCUUUUAGACUGUUACGGGUAUCCUAGACUUUUCAUCUAAUGCAAUCUCAAAAACAAACAAACAAAAAAACCAAUUACGCAUUAUAACUUUUGUCCAGGGAGAGCUAGCUAGUCAGUAAGGGUGACCAGUGUAACCCAGAUGGGACAGAGAUUUGCCUAGAGACACUCAGUGGCUUUGGGAUCUCUAGUACCUUGUUUUCUUACACGGAUCCCAUUCUUUGACACAGCAGCCUCUGCUUGUCUUGUAGGUACUGUCCAUGUAUGUUUUUGAAGCUAGACAAACAAUUCGUAUAAUCCCUCAACUGCUGUUGCGCAUAGUCACCCUUUGUACUGUAGCCUUACUACUAACCUUUCCUUAUUUUGCUUUCAUGCUGUAAGUGAAAAAAAUUUUGAUACCCUUUCUAUAAACAUUUUUAAAAGGUUUUUAAGAAGCAAAUAUCUAUUUCCAAAGCAGCUGGCAUAUCAUCACGACCACGGCUUUAUUCUGCUAUAGUAAGUCUCUCCUCUUUACUGGGGAGAAGCAAAUCAUUCUCACUGGAGAAACCAGUUCCCCCGUCACCUCUGGUGUCCUUCUAGUUUUUUAAGGCUUUGUCUUAACUGUGACAUUACACUUACGUUUAAAACCUCUUAAAGGAUGUAUUCGAUGAUUCUUCCAACCAAUGCAUCUGCUCUGCACUAUUCAUUGAUGGAACCCUGGCUACCACGUAGCCCUUGACCUCCAAGUAGUUUACCUAUGCAAGACCUGUGACACUCUGGAUUCAUUUUUCUUCAUUACAGAAAGUGAUCAUAAAUGACUUAAGCAUAAAAGAUUUGUCUUUGAGGUUUUUUUUUCUAUUUUUUUUAACAUCAGCUAUUUUCCCUCUGUAAUUUUUACCAAAACAAUUAUCGUAAGUGCUAGAAUAUAUACUAUUUUGCAGGAAUAAAAUAACCAAGACAUAAUAUAUUUCUUUGGAUUUUGUUUUGUAAGAAAUGCCAGCACUAACUAUAUAGAGUUGAUUCUUUGCCUAGAAUAAUUUUUUCCCUUUUAAGAGUCAUAAGUAACAUUUUAUUUUCACAAAGCAUGCAUAUAACUUACAUGAUAUAGUCAGGGACCUGAGGUGUAACUUGCUAAGUGAACCCCAAGGUUAUUUUAUCUUGCAAAAGAAACCUAAACCAAACUAAGGGCCUUACAGUUUAUGGUUAGACUGAAUCAAAUGCUGUAACCUCAGUUUUUCCAAAAACAGCUCCUGACUGCACAAGCAGGUCCUGCAGUUGUUGAGUAUGAAAUAGCACUGAUAGGAAAUGCAUGUGCAUCUUUGCAGACUGUAUUUCCUCUGGAAAAGACUUUUCUACUUUUAAUAUAAUUAAGCCAUAACAGUUUCAUGCUGUGGAAAGGAUGAAAAGGUUCAUUUUAAGAGAUUAUAUAGUAUGAACUUUCACAUUUAUUGUGAAACAUCUAACUUUGCCAGUGUUCAGCAAGUUUUUUCUUUUGGGGUGUUGGAGGGUGGUAAUGGGGAGGGGUAGUGUUGGUUUUAGGGGUUUUAACUGUGUGAAAUUUGAAAACAGGACAGUUGUUGGCUAUGGUACUUACUAGUUUUGUAGUAAUGUUUUGCUAGCCUGACUUUCCUUCUGGUUUUUAUGUCCAUGUUUCCCAGUGACUGUUAACUCUUCUUGUUUGGGGUGUGUGCAGAAUAGUGUCUCAUCUGUGUGUAGGCAGUCAGUGUAUGCACAUGUGUCCUUUGACUACAGAAGCACACUGUGUGACAAUGGAAUGGGGUGUGGCUGGGAGUGGGAUGCUGAAGCUUUAAGAGCAUUUGUUUUUAUUCAGAACAGUAUUUCCCAUCUUUUGCCUGCAGGCAGGGAAAGUGUACAGUAUUUAUUUUGUUUCUGUUUUACUCUGAAUUUGUAAGUCUCUAAGUAGCUUAUAUUAUUAUUAUAGGGAAAAUAAGUGACUUGCUUAAAGUUGUAUUUAGUAUUCUUACUUCCUAAUUUCUGUAUUUUAAAAUAUUGAAAUUAAAACUGUAUUACUUUUGUUCUGAUUUUUUUUAGCACUCAGUGUAUUUUUUGCUCAUUUUGUCUAAAAGUAUAAAUGUUGAAAGUUGUAUAAAAUGUCUCUGAAAGAAAAAAAAUCUGAAUUCUAUAUA